AUGGCUGGCGGCGGUACACCAAUCGGGCCAUCGGCCUCGCCCUUGGGACAGGCUUGGGGAUAUGGCAUUGUCCUUGGCAUUGGUUUUCUCUUCGCGUUGGGCAUGGUCUUCACCACGUGGGUUCUCAAACGCUACAACAAUGAACUGCAGACUUCGGAGAUGUUUUCGACCGCUGGCCGUACAGUGAAAUCCGGUCUUGUAGCAUCAGCAGUAGUAUCGUCCUGGACAUGGGCAGCUACACUUUUGCAGAGCUCUUCGGUCGCCUUCCGAUAUGGUGUUUCGGGACCUCUUUGGUAUGCUGCUGGCGCUACUGUGCAGAUUCUACUUUUUGCUACCGUUGCGAUCGAGCUCAAGAGGCGGGCACCCAAUGCCCAUACGUUUCUAGAAGCAGUUCGCGCCCGAUAUGGAAAGACCACCCAUCUUGUGUACAUCACCUUUGGUCUCUUCACGAACAUUCUUGUGACCGCCAUGUUGCUCACUGGUGGAUCGGCCGUCAUCAGCUCCUUGACCGGGGUACCUACCGCAGCGGCCUGUUUCCUGCUUCCUUUGGGUGUCGUCAUUUAUACUAUGUUUGGUGGUAUCAAAGCCACGUUCCUCACGGAUUAUGUCCAUACCGUCAUUCUGCUCAUAAUUCUGCUAAUCUUCGCAUUCACAACAUAUGCGACCGGCGAUAGACUUGGAUCGCCAAAGGCAGUCUACGAACGUCUUCAAGAACUUUCAGAAACUACACCUGUACCUGGAAAUGCUGGUGGCAGUUACCUCACGAUGAGGAGCAAAGAUGGCGCCAUAUUCUUUGUUAUCAACAUCAUCGGUAAUUUCGGAACUGUAUUUAUGGACAACGGAUAUUACAACAAAGCCAUUGCUGCCUCUCCUAUACAUGCGCUUCCAGGAUACAUUAUCGGCGGACUGUCAUGGUUUGCCAUUCCUUGGCUUUGUGCAACUACCAUGGGUCUGGCUGCACUCGCACUCCAAAACACCGAGUACUUCCCUACCUACCCUGAAGUGAUGGAUGAGGCAUCGAUUAGUGCAGGACUCACGCUUCCAUACGCCGCUGUGGCUCUCCUUGGAUCUGGCGGCGCCGUAGCUACUCUUCUUGUUGUUUUUAUGGCCGUGACUUCCGCCUUCAGCGCUCAACUUAUUUCUGUUUCUAGUAUCUUAACGUACGAUAUCUACGGAACCUAUAUCAACUCUAGCGCGAGCGGUCGACGGUUAGUUUACACUAGUCAUGUUUGUGUUUGUGGCUUCGGCUUGGUCAUGGCUGCAUUUUCGACAGGACUAUGCAUGGGAUGGUUGUAUGUCUUCAUGGGUGUCAUCAUCUCUUCCGCAGUACUACCAGCGACUCUCACGUUGAUGUGGAAAGGUCAGAACAAGUGGGCAGCAACCUUGUCUCCAAUAUUGGGACUGUGCUGUAGCAUCACCGCAUGGCUCGUCACAACUUCCAAGCUGAAUGAUGGAGUCAUUACUGUGGCUACUUCUGGCGCAAACAACCCAAUGCUAGCAGGCAACGUCGUCGCUUUGCUCUCUCCUAUCAUCUUCAUCCCGGUACUGACGUUGAUUUUUGGCUUUGACAACUACGAUUGGGUAUCGAUGAAGAACAUCCGGCUCGUCGACGACUCGGACGUCACAGCAGCCGCUCACAUGGAUCUCGAAGCUGUGCACGGUCGUCACGCUGCCCUCUCUCCAGAAGCCGAAGCCGCUGAGCAAGCCAAGCUCUUCCGUGCUUCCAAGAUCGCGAAGAUCACCACCGCCACUAUGACUCUCGUGCUCCUCGUGCUUUGGCCAAUGCCACUAUACGGUACUGGUUACAUCUUUAGUCAGUCUUUUUUCUCUGGCUGGGUUAUCGUCGGCAUUAUUUGGCUGAUGUGUUCGACCAUGGCUGUGGGUGUUUACCCGCUAUGGGAAGGUAGAGAGAGUUUGGCAAGGAACUUUGGUGGCAUGUGGCGGGACGUGAUGGGCAAGGGCCGUCAUCGCGGCGACCACGUUGAGGUGACUGAAGGCGAGAAGACGGGAGAGUCUGGUACGAACACGCCUAAGCAGGCUUACGCGAAGGCUUUGGAGCAGUAA